GAGGUCGCUGUUUCAACUGUUUUUGUGCUCGUGAUCCUUGAAGAUAUGCUGGUUGAUCAGCAGUCAGGACAACAAGAUAACACAACAGCAGAGAUCAUUAUUUUUAACAACUGGGACUGUAGCGAGAGCGACGGAUAUCAUAACUACGUCUGGAUUUUUCCUCAGCAUUAUCACGAUAAGGAAACAAAGCUUUGAUUAAAUCAUUUUUUUUUUUUGACGGGAGAAAAGGACCUGCUUGGGAUUUGGAACUCCUCUGGAAUAACGUGCAGCUAUCCUCGCUAACAUGCGACUCUGCGUCUGAAACAGCAACAGAACGGGACCCCUGGGUAUACCUAGCAGCCCAUACACACACACCGGAGGAGUCCAGUGCGUAUAGACAGUCACGUAUCCUAAUGUUGCCGAAGCUAUGCGGUGGUUUCGUUUUGCAGAGCUACCUGGUUAGCUAGCUAGCUCGUCGGCUCGUUGGUGCUGCUCCAAGCCGGGGACUUGGCGCUUAAGGUCGGCGUGCGCACUAACGCCAUGCCGGUGGUCGACAGGGGCCUACUGGUAGUGGCAGUUUCCCUCAGCUAACGUCGGCUGGAUGUAGCGGGCCCCCGAAAAUUCUACGUAUUAGAUUAGUCGCAGGGGUAUUUGUGUUUAAAUUUGAAAAUAGCCAUGCGAUACAACUGAAAACAAAAUAUAUGGAGAGGAUUAGUUAAAUCGGAGCAUCUGCUACAAGCUCCACAUGUAAACAAGCCUGGCAAGUGUGUGUGAGAGAGUCUGUGGUUGAAGGUUAGCACUAAAUAUUCAAGUUAAUCCUUUGUUGUUAUCUGUAACACUAGUUCUAGGUGUUAAAGUUAAGCUCCAAGUGAUUCCGUUACGUUCAGCAAUGGGCUUAAAAGUCGUGGAUGUCGUUGAUCUGCAGCGCUGUCAGACAUAUCAGCCAUUCAUUCAUGAUUGAUGACCCUUGAGGAAGCAGGCUGUCUUUCAUCCAUUUCCACUACAGCGAAACCACAACGUUAAGCCACUAACACUUUCUGGAUUAUAAAGGUUUUGUCAUUAUCAGGUAAAUACCCAGAGCUUUUUUUUAGUGGGGGAGUUUGUUUCAGCAGCACUUUAUUUUUAAAAGUCCCUACUGACCUCACUGGAACUCCCUACAGUGUAUGGGAACAUGAGGGACUGUCUGUUUGAUCUGAACCAGCAUCCAAGUAGCUUCAAGGACUGAUCAAAGCCCAACAGAGAGCCCCAUUGUGUGGACUACAAACUGAACGGGGAAAGAGAUGGUGAUGAUAAGAGAGGCCCAGUGACCGUGUUUGAUCCCACACCAGGAAGCAGAGGAGUGCAGACAUGAGCCUCCGCCAGCCCACAUCCACCCUGGACAGGCUCAACAGUCUGACAGCUGGCGAUUCGGAGCGCAGAGCCUCUGCCAGCCAACAGAGAGAGGUGACGAUAGAUGAGAGUUCAAGUCCUGGUCUGGUCCACAGGUGUGUGGUGGUGCAGAAGGACCAGCUUGGUUUCGGCUUCACCGUCUGCGGCGAGAGAGUCAAGCUUGUGCAGAACGUCCGACCAGGUGGCGCUGCAGUCAAAGCUGGGGUGCAUGAGGGGGACCGGAUCAUUAAGGUGAACGGUUCACCGGUUUCCACCAUGACUCACCAGGAAGUGGUAAAGCUCAUAAAAUCCGGACCGUACGUCGCCCUAACACUACAAGGACCGCCCCCGUCCGCCACCUCCGUGCCCUUGGAGCCCCUCCCUUCAGACCCUACGCCCAAUCAGAGGUCUUCCCUGGCCGGGGAGGGUCCACCCCCUCCGCCUCCACCCUUACCCUCCGGACUGGGCAGCACCCCAUCCCAAAGAAUCACUGGACCCAAACCACUACAAGAUCCAGAAGUGCAAAAACAUGCAAGUCAGAUACUCAGGAAAAUGUUGGAGCAGGAAGAGGCUGAACUCCAGGACUUGAUGGAGGAGUGGUUGAAGAACCCGUCGCCGUCGCUGGAGGAGCGGAUCGAGAGCGCCAAGAGGAGAGCUCACCAAGUCAGGGUCAAGAUUCAGAAUCAGGAGGGAACGGGAUCCGAAUCUGUCACAAACUACAUCCAAGCAGGAGAAGGACGGCUGUCGAUGGACUCCAGUGAAGGAGACUUGGAGGCCUUUGAGAGUCCCAGCUCCUCCCCCUCAUUACCCUUCAGGACCCCCUAUCACCGACGCCAGAACUCGGACACACACACCCUGUCUGACACGGGUGUCAAAGCCCAGAUCAUCAGCCCUGAGGAUGAAGAUGAGGAAGGUGAUGGCUAUUCCUUCAAUGAGAUGGACGGUCCCUUCCAGGACAUCGAGUUGUUGAAGUCACGGCCGGCACACAUGACGGUGUUCAUGAGAUACGUCUUCACCCAGCUGCUGGACCCAAACCCUCUGCUGUUCUACCUGUCUGUAGAGGCGUAUUUAGGCUCCACCCCUAAAGACGCCCGCGCACUCGCGCCUCAGAUCUGCUCCCACUUCCUGGAUCCAGAUGCUCCUUUGAAAAUCAAAGUGCGCGAGGAAUUCCUAACAGAAAUAGAGAACCGUCUCCACGCCCAGGAGGACAUCCGAGGGCCUCUGUCCGAGCUGCAGCAGCAGGUUCUGCCUGACAUCCAGGAUCAGAUUCAAGACUACAGGAACAAGCAGAUGAUUGGUCUGGGCUCUCUGUUUGGAGAAGGAGAUCUGCUUCAGCUGGACGGGGACCCCCUGAAGGAGAGGCAUGUGGUGGACAGACAGGUCGCCGCUCUCUGGGAGAUUCUAUCGAAGCACGAAGAGGACAGAAGCUCUCCUCUGGCCUCAGCUGUCCUCCUCUACCUGCGACACUCCGGCAUCAAGCUCAGAGACUCCAAGGUCUUCCUCGGCCUGAGCACGGAGAAGGACAAGUGGCUGGCUUUUCUAAAACCCAAAAAGCCGAGCAGCGUGAAGAAAGAGAAAGAUGGGGAGGAUAAGAAGAGAAACCCCAUCCUGAAGUACAUCGGCAAACCCCGGAGCACAUCUCAGUCUACAUUCCACGUCCCGUUGUCACCCACAGAAGUGCGUCCCGGCAGCGUGAAGAACAUCAUCCAGCAGUUCGAGAACCACACAGAGCUUCCAGGAGAGGAGGACGGGGAUGCUGUGGACCCCCAGAGGCUCUCCUCCAGCAGCUUGGGAGAAGAAGGCAUGGACAGUCCCGCGGUCUCUGUGCGUCUGGGGCGCAGCGGGUCGUUGAAGGCUCAGGGUGAAGACCGCCGGCGGGGCAUCGUCUCCAGCGGAGACUCGGUGCCCCGCUCUCGCAGCGACGUGGACAUGGAGGACUGCGAGGAGAGGGAGCAACCGGGCCUCCGGCUGCUCCAGCACAGCACCUCGUCGUCCGCGUCCAGCAGCUCCGCUAGGUCUCUUGAGAACCCUACACCCCCAUUCACCCCUCGGUCCAGACGCAGGAGUGUGGACUCACAGCUGGCCCUGCUGCCAGACGCCGCGGUGCUGGAGGACGAGGUGGGCGACGGUCAGAACUGGAGGGACACGGUUCCCCCUGAGCUCCUGGCGAGCCUCAGCCCCAGGGAAGUGGAGCGGCAAGCCGUCAUUUACGAGCUGUUCACCACUGAGGUGUCCCACCUUCGGACCUUACGGGUUCUUGACAAGGUUUUUUACCGGAAGAUGAGAUCUGUGCUGAACUCGGAGGAGCUGGCCUGCAUCUUCCCAAACCUGCCUCAGGUCUACGAACUCCACGCGAGUCUUUGUGAGGAGAUGAAGAAGCGAAGAGAGAGCCCCAUCGUUCAGAACAUCGGAGACGUCAUGCUGGCCAAGGUUGAAGGCGCAGCUGGAAACGAGUUUCAGGAGCAGGCGUCGCAGCUGUGCUGCCAGCAGACUCAGGCUCUGGAGCUCAUCAAGAACAAAAAGCGGAAAGAUCAACGCUUCGCCCAAAUCAUCCAGGAGUGUGAGGCGAGUCCUCAGUGUCGGAGGCUGCAGCUCAAAGACCUGCUGGUGUCCGAGAUGCUGAGACUCACCAAGUAUCCUCUGCUGCUCGACAAGAUCAUCAAAUACACAGACGGCGGCUCAUCGGACCUCCCGUCGCUGCAGCGCGCCCAGGCUUGUUGCCGAGGCAUUCUGAAGGCGGUCAACGAGGACGUGAGGGAGACGGAGGACCGGCAGCGCCUCAGUCAGUACCAGCGCCGGCUGGACGCCGCGCCUCAGUUCAAGAGUCUGGACCUCACCACGAAGAGAAUGAUUCACGAGGGCCCUCUAGUCUGGAAGAUCGGCAAAGACAAGCAGAUAGAGAUCCAAGCGGUGCUGCUGUCGGACUGCCUGGUCCUCCUCCAGAAAGGCCCCGACGACCGGCUGCUGCUUCGUUAUCCGUCCCGCUGGAUGGGAGGAGGAGGAGGGGUCAUCGCGGACACCAAGACCUCCUUCAGUCCCCUGGUGAAGCUGGACUCGCUGCUCAUCCGCUCCGUAGCUACAGACAAAAAAGCGCUGUACAUCAUCAGCACCAAAGAGACGCAGAUUUACGAGCUGGCGGCGGGGUCGCCGUCCGAGAAAGACACCUGGAAGGAUUUACUCGAAAAGACCAUUAAAGCUUCGGCUCCACAGAGCAAUCACGGGUCACUUCCUGUAUCUUCUCCCAGCCUACGCAGCAUUUCACCAGCCUUAACUGAAGUCCACCCUGCGGAGGAGCAGUCUGAGUUUAUCGGGAGCCACGCCUCCGCUGACGACGGCAUGCUGGGUGACCAUCCCAACGAUCAACCUGAAGCCAACAGCAGUGAUGAGGAGCGGGCAGUGGGCGUGGCCGAAGCGGCUCUGCACGACGUGGAGACGCUGCGGAAGCUCCUGCUGCCGGACGUGGACGAGGACCGGAGGAGCCACGAUACGGACGACACCCCCACCAACACCAUGAGCAACGGGAACGCCGACGGACGGCGGCAGGACUCCCUGGAGACCGUCCUGGACCUCUGCCUGAGCGAGCCGGAGCCCGGGCAGCCGGAGGCUCCGCCCCCAGAAAGCCGGCAGCCCAGCGCCAAGGUGGUGCGGAGAGCUAUGGUUGCGGGUGCUCCUCCUCCUCCUUCUUCUCCUUUUGCCCCUGAUGGCACCGCCGGCGAUGUUAGCCUCCCCUCCAAUCUGUCGUCGCAGUCUAGAGGCGAGGGCGACACGCAGGGGAAUUUCUUCUACCUGGUGAUGCCGUUAGACCAAGGAGAGAGCGCCACCGACGACCUCCCCGACCCUCCUACACCCACCGCCAGCCACUUCCCUCAACCUCCACAGGAAGUGUCGUCAUCACAGACUCAACCGGAAGAGGAAGAAGAAGAAGAAGUAGUAGUAGUAGCAGCAGCCUGCUGCUCGGAGUUCAUCCAAUCAGAUUCAGAAACUAUGCAACUGGACGUAGAGUUAGAGGAAGACGAUGAUGACAAUGAUGGUGAGGACGAUGAAUCGGACCCGCCUCCAGCUACACAACAGAGUCACGUGAUCAGAAACGCGGAUGAGAUUUUUCUCACCAUCGAGGGCCUGAUGAGCAAGUUGCACAAGCUGAAGGAAAUCGAGAAGGCCCAUCACAAGCUGCUAGAAUCUCUCAGAGAUCCCUCCCUCAGCCAGGAGUCGGAGGACCAGCCGUGUUGCUCAGCAACCGUCUCCAGGACGCCGUCCAUGGACCGCAGCUCAGGAGACGGUUUGUAAGGAGGGAAACCCGGGAGAUCCCAGAAUCCUCUCAACCGGAUUCUGAGUGGAUUCGCUCGCUGUCGGCUGAUCUCCACACGCGUCUGUAGGUUGAACGCUAAUAAGUCCGGCGGAUCUAAACUCACAACUCGUUUUACGAUGCGAGACGGCACGAUGGAGAUGGAUUAUUAUUUUUCAAGGAUGGAAGUCUGGAGAGAAAGAGAGAGAGACAAAGUGAGCUAAGAAAAAAAAAAACCAGGUAGCCGAAGAAAGGCGAAGAAGGAAGUUUGAAGAACUUGAAGUUUUUGGGGGAGAUAAAAAUGACCAAGUUGGAUUCUUGUGAAGGAAAAAAAGAAAAAAAAGAAGACUUUUGACGUUGUGUUUUGUAGAGCUGGUUGAAGAAGCGGAGCAGAGAAGUGUCGAAAUGUUAAUGUAAGGAAAUGUUCCUAGGGACCCGUCACCCCAGCACUUUACCCACGAUGCAUCUCUCCCCCCGCCCCAAACCCAGCGCUCCCCAGUCGCGUUCGGACCCGACCAGGGAGCAGACGACAGUACGUUUCACGGCCGAAGGACUGUGUCUGAUUAAUUCAGGUCUUUUUUUUUAAUUAUUAUUAUUAUUAUUGCACUGCGUAAGGAAAACCAUAAGUCACACGAACACAAGCACCACUAAACUCACUAAAUCACUGUGGAGAACUCUUCUUUUUUUUUUUCUUUAUUCUUUUCACGUUUGGUUUCAGUUUUCAUUGAAGCUACAGGAAGGUGGAACUGUUUUAUUAUUUCACUUUUUUUUUUUUUUUCUGCUUUGGGGAAACACUACUGCUCUAUUUACUACUGAAGAAAAACGAAGCAGGUAGGUUUAAUUUCCAUGCUUCCAUGGCGCAAAGGGAUUUCCGGAGAUUCACACAGCUGCUCACAUGGUGCCAGGUUGGAUCAUUUGGGGAGGUUUAUAUUCAUGUGUCAUAACCAAAUUUUGCCACCGGUGGUGCUGUAUCCCACGUUUGGUGGUUUGGUCUAAACAUGAGGGGAAAACUGUGAGUUGUUCAUACUGAGGUGAAGUUGAGUGUGAAGUUUUUAGAGAAGUUCAGCAAAAGCUUUGGGAGAAAAAAAAAAAUAUUUUUUUAUCUUUAGUAAGUACACUUGGUUUUGUGCAUGCUAGCCUGUUAGCUUAGCAUAAAACUGGAAGAAGUCAUUUGUAAAAGAAAUUUAAAGAAAAAAUAACAAAAUACACCCGUGGGUACCUCAGAAGCUCGCUUGUUUAUUUUAUACAGAUAAUAACCCAACAAGUCAUAAUGUAAUAGUUACUAGUAGCUGUGAGUUUCAGUACAUUUUAAGCAGAACUUGCUCAAUGCGUUGCGUUAGCGGCAUGGUUCUGGUUUUGUGAAGUAGGGUUCUGUGCAGUCUGUACUGGAUGCAGACUGAAAACGGAAGCAUUUUAGGUUUUUCAUGUCCACAUUUUUGAUUUUGGUAGCAUACCAACUCUUGCAUUUGCAUUUGCAAAUGUCAAACACAAAAGUAGCAGCUGUUUAGGUGUUAGCAAGAACCGCUACAUUUUUGAGAUUCUGGUUAUUAUAUUAUGGCGGGAAUUUACUUUAGUCUACACCCAUCUUUGAUUAGUAUUUGGAUUGUAUGUGAUCCAGCUGCAGGUCGGAUAAUGACCACUCAUAACGGCUUCACAGAACCCUGCGUAAAAGGAAAAAAGGCUGACAUUUUUCUACACAGUUAUACAAAUAUCAAGCUUAAAGCAGUGACAAUUACCAGCAUUUUUUUUUAUAUAUAUAUAAUUUUUCUGUUUGUUGGUGUGUAACUAAUCAAAGUUUAAGCAACCUCCUGGUAAAACGUUUCCUCACAUUAGCAUUUCAAUUUUCACCCAUUUUGCUCUGUCCUACUUCCUGGGUAAAAAAACAUCUUGUACCCAUACAACUGAAAAUAUCUAUCGUUCUAUUUAUACAUAAUUUUAAAAAUGCUCAAGGCUAAUAUAUCUAUAAAUUAUUUCCUUAAUAUUUGAUAUUGCACCCUACUUCCAUUGACAGUAGUUCUAAUGUUGACUCGUAUGAAAUAAGGCAGAUUGUGACGACUGACAACCAAAACUCUGACAGCUCUCCUGCCACGCUAAUUUUAGACGCAUACUGUAACUUACACAUUGUUAGCGGGGUUUAGUUAACAGCCAUAGUUCUCACAGAGGGUACGAACUGACACAGUCAGUAAAAGAUGGAAGUAGGGUACAUAACUAAAAUUAAAAACUUACGAAAUGGCGAAGAGGCCAAACGUUAGCAUGUAGCAUCAAGCUACAUCCAAGCAAAAUCCGGCGUUAGCACGUAGCAUCAAGCUAACUGUUUCCCAUCUUGAGCUUGCGGAAGAUUUAUGUUUACCUUUAAAUGCCUAGUGUAAAAACUAAAACCUAUUCCUGGAGCUCCCGUUUGAGUUUUUAAUUUAAUUUUAUUUUAUUAUAUAUAUGUAUUAAAAUUAGUUUGGUCCUGGGUGAGACCUGAACAGAACAUCAAGAGACGCUAAAACCAAGUGCUUUUCUCCUUUUUUUAAAAAACCGAAUCUCCACUAAUACAUGCUACAUAUUUUUUCUUACUAAUUUAUAUUUUUCUUGAAAUUUCUCUCAGAAGCUUUUCCGAAACACACUGGAGGAGUUUAUUUCUGAGCUAUUAUUAUUAUUAUUAUUAUUAUUGGAAGUGAUUUUUCAUCUUCCAAACCGACGCAGUCACACUACAGCAUCCUCCACUGUGUUGUCAAAAUGUGGUUUCCUUUCUGGUGGUGUUUACACUCUCUGAAGGAGGAACAGGAAGACAGUAGCAUGUGUAUAGAUUUAUGAAAUGGAGCUGAAGAAGAAAAAGAGUGAGAGACAGAUUUUUAUCGCAGCUCAUCCUGAAAAAACUUGCAAACGGAAUCAUAAAGUUGGAAAGUGAUCUACCAAAGUGAGGCGUUGAAGGGAACAUUUUUGUUUUGUUUUAUUUACCAUUUUGGCUGCUGGGGAUUUAUUCCCCCGCCCAGCACUACAGACCAGCAAAGGGAUGUUUCGGUCAGUCCUAAGUUUUGAAAAUUCAGCACAAAAAAAAUACAAAAAACCCCCACGAUCCCUGCUGGUCUGAAUCAGCUGAAUCAGGAUCAGUUUCUAUCGGAAUAUCUUUCAUCUUGUCUUUUCUCCUCUCUGUCUCUACUACUCAACUACAGUGGUUGUAUUUCCUGUUUCUACCUCUACACUUUGUAUCUUCCUUUUCAUUGUAUUAACUUGUACAUUGACAUCAAUGUUGUGACCCUAACUGGAUAUAUAUAUAUAUAU